UUUCAGUGCUUCUGUAUAAGAGGGUGAAAAAGGGAAGUGAAGCAGUUACUACAAACAUAGUCAAACAACUCAAGAUACAGGAAGAGAAACUUAGACAAUGGCUGCAUACACGAAGAUAAAAAUAUUCUACAUUUCAAUUGGGUUUUGGCUGAUUUUGGGUGUUGAAUGCUACGAUGCUUGGUCAAACCAUGUAUUAACUAUUUAUCCUGGAGGAUCUGUCACCAUCCCAUGUCAUUAUGACAAGAAAUACUCACAGCAGAAGAAAUCCUGGUUCUCAGAGAUUGAUAAAACAUACACAUACACAAACACAACACAGCAGAAUCUGUCAGUAAUUGAUCAUCCUGAUCAGAGUCUCUUUACUGUGACUAUGAGAAACCUGCAGAACAAACACAAUGGACGUUAUUAUUGUGUUGUGGAGACUGGAGAACAACCACCGAAAAAUAUAACAUACGAGUAUCAACUUUUCAUUCAGGCUGCUCCUGAUGUGUCUGUGGUGAGCAGCAGUGUCUCUGGACAUGAAGGUGGUGAUAUCAGUGUUCAGUGUCUCUACAGUUCUGGAUAUCAGAAUAAAGUCAAACAGUGGUGCAGAUAUAAAGAUCAGAGAUGUUACACAGUGGGGAGGACUGACACAUCCCAGAAUUCAUCAGUGCAGAUCAGUGAGGAUGAUGAGAGAAGAUCCUUCACUGUGCUGAUGACUGGACUGAGACGGACUGAUUCUGGCUGGUACUUCUGCUCUGCUGGAGAGACACUGUAUCCUGUUCACAUCACUGUAACGGAGGCAGAACCAGACAAAGAGAAAAACACAAGUGAAUCAGGACAUCACAAGAAUAAUUAUAAUACAACUAAAGUCUCUGGCAAUCCACAAAAAGAUAAUAAACUCCUGACUGUGUGGCUUCCAGUUUCAGCUGCUCUUCUGCUGUUAUUGAUUCUGAUCAGUGUCUUCAUCUGGAUAUGGAGAAGAAGACCCAAGCAAGAUGAACAGCAAAUCAGAGAGAGAAAUGGCAGCAGAAACAUUGACACAAUCUACUCUAAACCUGAAGACCCUGUGAUAUACAGCACUAUAAAUGAUGAAAACCCAAAUGAUGCCAACAAGGACAUAACUACCUACAGUACUAAUGAUGAUGUUCCUGGGAGUGAAGCAAAGCUUCCAGCAGGUGGAACGGUAUACAGCAGUGUGGCUACACACCAACAGCAACAGUAAGAAGAACACAGGAACAGACUCUUCUGACCAAGAGAAACAAAAUCAGCAGCAGAGAAAUGUUAUUUUUAAUUUAAUUUAAUUUGUAUUUUUUGGUAGAUUUUUGGUUUAUACACUGAAUCCACUUAUGCAGUUGACUUUUUCCUCUUGAUUCUCAUUUAUUUACAUUGGUUGUGAACCGAUUAGCAAAUAUAUUCUUUUGAACUGAU